UGCCCUCUGACCCCUCGCUGUGUUUGUCAGUGAACAGAUCCGGUUGCAGCUGAUAAAACAGAGACUUCUGCCACCAUGUGAGCUCAGUAGCGACCGGCCUGGGGCUCACCACUAUAAUUGCAAUGGAGGUGGCGAGCAUGGCCACCCAGGCCAACCAGAACAGCAGCACCAGGUAACAGCGUACCCUUCUCCACCCUGGACCCCCAGCGGCUAACUCCAGCUCCUCCUUGGACAUGGGCUGCCACCGCUGGUACGGCUCCGGUUCUUCUGCCGGGAUAAGCAACGGGGUUGACUCCGUGUCUACCACACUGCCUGUCAGCCCGGGGCCUGGCACGCUUCCGUACCCCGUGUCUCCUGCAUUCAGCGGCAUCCUGCCUGGCUGCAGGUAAUUAGUGUUCCAGUCUCCCCAGCUGAGCUGUGCUGCCCAGACCUUACUUGAAUAUUUGUGAGAUCUGACUUGCCAGGAGUGAGGAGAGACAGAGGUCGAUGACCUGGGUGCAGAUCUCUCUCAGGUCAUCACACACCUGCAGGCGACUCCGCACAAAAGCACACAGUUCCUCAUUACCGAUGGCAUCCCAAACACCAUCACAUGCGAGAAUGAGGAACUCGUCUUCAGGCGUCCUCUCCAGCUCGUACACCUCCGGCUCUGGGGACACCAGCUGCUCUGUCUGAGGCCUCCAGUCGACCUCCUUAAAGUCAAAGUCCCCCAAUGCUCUGGAAACCGCCAGCGAGCCGUUGACUCUCUGCAGGGUCACAGAGCCUCCAGCGUUCUGGAUGCGCUCCUUUUCUCUGGGGUUGAAUGGCUUGUGGUCCUCAGUGUAGAAGACCACCUGGCCGUUACGGCAGAGCAAGAUGUGAUCCAGGAGGUUUCUGGAGCAGUACUGUGCCACAGUGGUCCCUGCAUGUCCAUCAAAAACAGCAAAGUACCCCCAAUCUGACAGCUCUCCUCUCAGCUGGGGCAUGCAGGCGUGGGCAUCCUCCAUCUGAGCCCUCCAGCCCUGCAUGCUUGCCACAGCAUAGUUCAACCCCGAUUGGGACCCCCCUUCUGACACAUGCUUCUCCAAGAUGGGGCGGUCCAGGUACGGGCUAGGCAUGGAGUUGUCCUCAUCAAAGCCGUCCUCCUCCCCGUUUUCCGUUUCCCUGGGUCCCCCUUUGAAGAAGAAGGUGACCACCCUCUCAGUCUCUUUGACCAGCUGACGGAGGAAGGAUGGCACCUCCACAUUGCUGGCACGUCUUGCUGUCCUCAUCACCCCGCGGAUUCUCGUCUGGAGCUUCCUCUUUGGCCUGGCAGCAGCAGCAGCACGUCUUCUCCUGGCACCCCUCCUCCGGCCCUGUGUUUUCCUCAGCAGGUCCAGGGCAACAGAUAGGUUGAGGCUUCUCAAGCAGGAUCCUGAGAUGAAAUCACAUGACGAGGGAGGAAGAGACACACAGAAGCUGUGAAUGGGAAAUGACAGCAGACUCAGACAGGCGCAGGGACACACGCUCCCAUGCUGCUGUCUCUUUGCUGUAUUACAACCCCUGCAGCCAUAGCCAUGCCAGAGGAGGAGAUGAAGGGAGGAGGGAGGAUGGUGGAGGGAGGCAGGCAGGGCGGGGCUGCUGAGUGACGGAACUGGAGGCAGGAGAGAGAGGAAGCUGCUGUACAGAGGACCAAGAAACAGAAGGAGGAGGAGGAGAAAAGGGAAGAGAGAGAGAGAGCAUAUCUACAGGACGUAAGAGCCGGCAGCAGAGGAGGAAGCGGGGAGGAGGGGGGGGGCUUCCAGACUGGAUGGGCCCAGCGAUGCCUUGAUGGAGCAUGGGCCAGGUUUUAGGAUUCUCCCACUGCCAGGAAUAUGGCUCCGUGGCGUCCACUCCGGACUCUACACCCCCAUGCACUGAUGGUGGAAACGAGGAGUCGGAGCUCUGCGAGCUGCAAACAGCCAGGGAAUGGUCUGAUGAUGACGAUGAUGAUGAUGAAGGAGGGAGUGGAGAUCCAGAUGAUGAGGACGGAUUGGCCUCAUCUCCCUCCAUCUGGGGCACGCCGCGGCAGCACUCCUUCGAACUGACUUUCUCUUACAUCGCCAUCGCCGAGCCCGAAGCGGUGGGAGCCUCGCGACACUUCCGUGACCGACGCAGGGCCGGCUCACGUGGGAGUCGCACUCCUCUGAUCCGCACAGACACCCUGGAAACACUGUUGGACUCUCCCGACGUGGACUGGGACCCUCAAGCCUUCCUCAAUCAAGAAGAAGAGGAGGAAAGGAGAGAGCAGGAGAGGGCAACAGCAAGGAGGGAGCUGCAAAGCCAAACUGGGACUAUUACAAUCCAGCCCUCGACCCAGAAUCUUGAACAAGAAACUCAGGAGAGAGUCCAAAGAGAGGAGACUAUGAGCAGUCAGACCCAGACUGUCCUUGUUUCUUCUCGGUCUCAGUCAUCACAGGAUCAGAGUCCCUCACGGACACUUCAGGCAGCAGCAGAAGCAGCAUCCUCAACCCCAGAGUCAGAGUCUCCCAUCUCCAGGGAAACCAUUUCAGUAAAGCUGCUCACAUCCGUGCGACCCCGAGGUCUGGCGACUUCAUCGCAAGCUGCCAUCGGUCUAAGUUCUCAGGAACAGCUGGUCAGCGAUCACUGGUUUUCAGCACUUAGCCUAUCAGAGGAGCCGACAGUAUGCACACACAUAGCAGUGAUGGACCUGAUCUACUGGAAAGAGACGGAGCGGACAGGCAUGGUGCUCACAGGGUUAGUGGUGGGCCUGCUGUCCCUGUUCCAGCUCAGCAUCAUCACUGUGGUCUCCACAGUCUGUUUGGCUGUGAUGUGCUUCACCAUCUCAGUGAGACUCUACUACCAAAUCCUCUUCAUCCUCAGCUGGGGUGAUGGGGAACACCCCUUCAAGACUUACUUGGACCUGGACAUCAGUUUCAGUGGAGAGGACGCUGACCGCUACAUGCAGACAGCCAUUGUCCUGGCUGUAUCUGCAGUAGACUCGCUGAGGAAACUUUUUUUUGUUGGAAACGUCUUUGAGUCUCUCAAGCUCCUGGUUCUAAUGUACCUUGUGACGUUCCUGGGAGACCUGUGCAAUGGCCUUACUCUGCUCAUCAUCAGUGUGAUUGCUGUCUUCUCUCUGCCACUUUUCUACCGACAGCGCCAGGAGCAGGUGGACAGCUACAUUGCAAAGAUCCAGGCUCAAAUUGACAACAUCAAGGACACCUUUCAAAGACUUGCUCAGGGUGGUGGCCCUCCUCCAGACCCAACUCCUGGUGGCGCCAAACCCAAUGCCCAGUAAACACUGAUGGACAAGAACUUAAAGAAAAGCUCCCAGAGUCACAGACUGUCACUCAGAUGUCUUACCCAGCAGUCUGUGCUCAGAGCUCCACUGAACGGAGCUCCAGAGACUGAGAAUGGGAAGGGAAGGGAGGUUACUUAAAUGGACAAUGACGAAGAUAAAGCAUGGUACUUUAUACUCUAACUGUAUCUAAGAUGUGGGGUAAGAGGUUGGGGUUUGGUUUAAAAAUGAAUCAAGGUGUUUAAAUCCUGAACGGGACUCUCGCUGCUGAUGUCAGAGAUGCAAAGAUGCAGCGCGUCGUAGUCUUGGAAGUAUUCACUGUUUUAAUGUGUAAAAAUGACUCAAGAAGUGUCUUAGAUAGUGGAAAGCUGUAGUCCAAAUGAGGUACUAUGACCAGGAAUAGAAAGUUUCCACACCGGCUACUACUCACCUGAGACAAUGGGAGUGGGUUGUUAAGGUGACAAAAACAGGGGUCGUCAUUAUUCAUGGCAGCAUAAAACUGAUAACUACUGUUGCAUGUGUCACCACAUGUCUUUUUUCUGAAUGCAUAUUCAUUUCUCAUGACAGUUUAUGCGUGUGUAUGCAAGUAAGAGUGUCUAUGUGUGUGUGGGUGUAUGUGUGUGUGUGUGACUCCUGAUAAACAGCUUGCAACAUGAAAUGAAAAUGAACCAUCAAGCAAUUAAAGUCACAUUUCUUCUUUGUUUUC